GCACGUUCCUUUCACUCGUCAAAAGAACAGGAAGUGAGCCGAAGAGUUUCACGUUGGUACCUAAACUAUCGACUGUCAAACAAAGUCCAGAAGGAGUUGAUGGUUUAUGGAUUUAACACCGGAGAGACGACAAAUCUCAAACAGCACCGACCGAUAUGAGCGUCAAUGAGGAAGUCAGUUUUGAUGCAAAAGAGCACCAACACCUGCGUUACAACCCUCUGCGUGACACAUGGGUCCUUGUGUCGGCCCACCGGAUGAAGAGACCCUGGGCCGGUCAGGUAGAGAAGCCUCCUGAGGAACAUGUACCCAGACACGACCCACACAACCCGCUCUGUCCUGGGAACACGCGUGCGAACGGAGAGAUAAAUCCAGAUUAUGACAGCACUUUUCUUUUUGAAAAUGACUUCCCUGCUCUUCAGCCAGAUGCCCCAGAUCCUGGGUCAGGUCAACAUCCAUUGUUCCAGUCGAGAGCUGCCAGGGGCGUCUGUAAGGUCAUGUGUUUCCAUCCCUGGUCAGACGUCACCCUUCCUCUCAUGAAAAAAGAAGAAGUUGUCAAAGUGAUUGACAAGUGGGCGGAGCUUGUUGAAGAACUAGGAAGCACGUACCCCUGGGUUCAAAUCUUUGAGAACAAAGGAGCUAUGAUGGGCUGCUCAAAUCCACAUCCGCACUGUCAGGUGUGGGCCAGCAACUUCCUUCCCAACGAGCCGGCUCUGUCAGACCGCUGUCAGAGAGCCUUCCAUCAGAAACACGGAGAGCCGCUGCUGCUGCAAUACGCCAAACAGGAGGCCGAGAAAAAGGAGCGCGUGGUGGUGGAGACUUCUGAUUGGCUGGCGGUGGUUCCGUAUUGGGCGACAUGGCCGUACCAAACGCUGUUGUUGCCACGACGCCAUGUCCUCCGGAUCAAUGAUCUGACCGCAGAGGAGAGGGAAGGUCUGGCUGAUAUUAUGAGGCGACUACUGACCAAGUAUGACAAUCUGUUUGAAAUCUCCUUCCCCUACUCCAUGGGCUGGCACGGAGCCCCGACUGGCCCCCAUUUAACGGAAGACAAUUCCCAUUGGCAGCUUCAUGCUCACUACUACCCUCCUCUGCUGCGCUCAGCUACCGUUAAGAAGUUCAUGGUGGGGUAUGAGAUGCUUGCCCAGGAGCAAAGGGACCUGACCCCUGAACAGGCUGCUGAGAAGCUAAGGAACCUAUCAGAAGAACACUACAAGACCAGAGACAACUAAAAAGAGACGGAGGAAUAUGAAGUAUAAGUGUAACGACCUCUGUGACUGAUGAAUUGCUUUUUUGGGAGGAAUUACUAUGAUUAUCACUUUCAAACUUGACAUUUAACACAUGGUGCAGCACAUUAAAGUCCCUUUGUGAACAGAUGCAGUAAUGUGUAUAUAUUUGUAAUACAUUUAUGUGGACAAAGAAAAGCUGUUCUUUGCUUCCUUACUGUAAUUAGGAAAUGGCCUCAAACAUAAUUGUCAAUCAAACUCCUAAUUAACGUUUUAAAGGGGACAUUUAGAAAACAUUUACUCCCUCCCACUCUCCGUUUGGUCGAGCUUAAACACACUUUGUUGGUUGUUUUUUCGUAAUGAAAGCCUUUGGACCACAUUGCUUAUUUGUUCCAACAACACAAGCAGUUGUUUGUUUGUUUUUUGUGAAUGUUGUCACAUGUAAAGUAUAUAACUCCUAAAGUAGUUAACGGCAAUCCAAACGACAAUUUUCCGCCCCAAAGGACUGACAGUACAGUGCUUUAUUUUGCAUAGAGGAAUGAUUUGAGAGAUUUCAUGUUUUUUUCCUUUCGCUUAAGACAACAAAGUUAUCCUGAAUUAACAUAAAAAGAGCAUUGCUACGCAGCUCCAAGAGCGGUAUUGAAUGUGAAAUGCUUUGACGAAUGCAAUAAACCCGGUUAUUUGACA